CCGCCAAAACACCGCGGUCCAACAAACGUUACCCCCGCGGCCCUAAACAACAACAACAAACGUCUCUCACACACACACACACACACACGGACGGGACACUCAUGGCAGUAGGAGAGUAGUGAACAAGGUAUGCAGUGAGGACUGAGGCAGGAGGGGCUUGGGAGGAACACCAAGAAGAAAACGAAGAUGCACAACCCUGAGGUGAUAAAGUUUCCUGCCCCGGAGUGUCGGCUGAGUCACGGCUGUUACCGGUGGGGGGAUGGGGAAGAAAUACCUUGCCGAUGGGUGGUGGACACUCACCCCUUCAACACCAAGGUGUCCCUGUUGAUGCCUGACUCCCCGACGCUCCCAGCAAGCCUCCGAGAGCUGCUAACAGAGGACACACAGUACUACCGGAUCGGCAACCUUCACCUCCAUGAGUUGUGUGCCCCAGCCUUCCUGCAAGCCUUCCUGAACAGAGGUCAGCUGAUUGCCCUGAGCUGCGACACCAGACUGGACCUGGACAACACCGCCGCCCUCACUCCUGACGGCACGCUGCGGUUGCUGCUGGACAGACUCACAUACCAGGAGCUGGGUCUCAGCGGGAAGCUCUCGGCCACCAUCCUCCGCACACCGCCAGAGAAAUACAUCGUUGAAGUUGACCUGAAGAACCCAAACUUCCUACCUGGAAAGCCACACUACCAGCGGGUGUUGAAUGCCCUUACUCAGCUCCCCCUCGCCUUCUCUGUCUGGCUCCUGUGGCUCCCCAGUGACCCCAGCAUAUGUCCGUCAUCCAUUGCCAAGUACUUCCAUGACCUCGGCUACAGCGUGGAGGAGUGUGCGGCUACCUUGGGGCAGGAGGUGCGAGGGGAAGUGCUCAUGCCCCUGCCUGGCCUGACUGAGGAGGAGAGUGAGGCCUUGAAGGGGGAGACAGAAGAUAGAGCGGAACCAGAGGACCUCUUGGAGUGGAUAGGCUGUCAGGCGCUCGGCAUAAAGCUAAGCGCCGAGGAGUCUGUGCUAUCUGGCGUGGUGGAGCCGAGACACGGAACGCCUGUCCACAACCUCUGCUUGGCCCAGUGCUCAGGCCUCUUCCCUCCAAGCUUCAUCCACCUCCUCAUCGAGCACCUCAGGUCUUGGCUAGCACAGAGGGAUGAAGCAGCUGUGCCUUGGGUGAGCCUGACGGUGUACGGCCACCCCGACUCCCUUGUGUCUUGGGGUCGGCAGGAACACAGUUUCCACACCACUGGGGACAACUUGUAUGUGCUGGUGAUCACAAGGGAACACCUCCAUGCCUACCAGCUUCAGGGCCCGGCCAAGCCCCAGAGACUGUAUGUAAAGACCAAUAAAAACAAGUGAUUAUGG